AUGGUGCCGAAGACUUGUGAUCACUGCAACUGGACUAAAGAGAAAGGCAUCAGUGAUGCGCCGCCAUGUGCCAGAUGUAGUCGUCUGAAGAUCUCAGAAUCCACGUCUCGUCGUUAUAAACGCAUGAAAUAUCGAUCUGCGGUCCAACCCUUCCCACAUAGGGAGAGUUCCAAAGUUGAGUGCCAGCAGCCUAGGGACUCUGAGGGAAGCGACAGCGAUGCUUCAUCAUCCGCACUCAGUCAGUUUAGCUCUCCGGUCGCGGCCGGAGACGCUUUGACACCAGAAAGUACCGACUUUAUGAUCAUUUCACCAGAGAGAUUACUGGCCUCCCCAACAAACCUCCAGACAGCAUCUGACGCGCUGCGUAUCGUCAUGGACUUUGAAAAGUUCUCGGUCAUCCAUUCACCUUUUAUGCUGGGAAGUCGCUUCAUUCCUGAUUCCCGAAAGACAGUCUAUGCUAUUUUGAAAUUCUCUGCUCCGAUCCUGACCGAGGGGUAUCUGGCGUUCCUGGGGCUGAUGACAAACUAUCAAAAGUCCCCUGUCAUGCGCCGAGAUGAGCCGGAUAUAUGUCAAGCUGCGAAAGGACUGCAGCGUUUGAGAAGUGUGAAUAUCACACACGAUUACGAUGCAGCAGGUGUUCUUUUUUUGGGUCAGAUUAUGUACGUGUUCAAUGUACUGACGGCGCCAUAUUCCAACACGGCCCACUCGAUUGUUCGGAGCGCGCUCAUGUCGACUGAACAAUGGCUUCCGAGGCUGGUCGAAAUACCUAUCCUGGACGGAAUAACUAUGACACCGAUUUUGAUUGAUACAGUCGAGUGCUUAGUGCACCGUGAAAUUCCUAUUAUACGGCUAGAUCAUCAGCGUCGUAUCAUCGUCGAUCGCUAUGCCGGCCUCUGUGCGACUCUUCUUCCUCAUCUCUAUGACAUCUGCGAAUGUACCAAUGCCUUGAAGCGAAAUCCGCCUGCUGCGGGAUCUGCGUCCCAUUCGGCUAUUCAUGAUCGACUGGACGAGAUAGAGGAGACAAUCCGACGAUGGCAUCCCCGAACGCCAGCUCAGUUAUUUGACAAUUACGGCCAAAAUGCAGUUCUAGCAAUGGUGACCCAAGCGAACAUGUAUCGUCUUGGGGCUUUAUUGGUCCUUCACCGAUUACGUUUUCCGCUAGGAGUCGAGGACGAGCCCGCACAUAAACUGGCAAAUGGCAUAUUUUCCGAAUUGUCAUUUUUUGCCAAGUCAGUCACUAAUGACGCAAGCGCUUUUCCUGUAGUGUUUCCCCUGACAAUGGCUAUGCUGGAGAUUGAAGGACCUGGAGAAGUUUUACUUGAGCGCCUGUCUUAUUUCACGGUGCAAAGUGCAAGUGCGUUGCGGCUGCAGGAGUUUGUGAAACUGGUCAGGUCAUCGAAGGAAACGGGAUAUGAGGGUAUUUGGUUUGACUUGGUUGACACUCAUCUUGGCGUUGCAAUGCCACCAUAA